ACAACCACCAUUACUACUGGUACCGUCCCAACCACCUACACAACCCUCAUCACCACAGGUUCUGUGCCAACUAGCGAGGUUGUUGUAGAAUUUCCACCUUUAUCAACAACCACCAUUACUACUGGUACCGUCCCAACCACCUACACAACCCUCAUCACCACAGGUUCUGUGCCAACUAGCGAAGUUGUUGUAGAAUUUCCACCUUUAUCAACAACUACCAUUACAAGUGGUUCAGUUCCAACUGGUUACUUGACUACAAUCACUACUGGUUCAGUUCCUGUUACUGAAUAUGUUACUAUCACUCCAACUCCAAACAUUCCAACCACCACUAUCACCAGUGGUUCAGUACCUACCGGUUACUUAACUACUAUUACUACUGGUUCAGUUCCUGUUACUGAGUACGUAACCAUUACCCCUACUCCAGAUAUUUCAACAAGUACUAUUACCAGCGGAUCAGUACCUACUGGUUAUUUUACUACUAUUUCUACUGGUUCAGUUCCUGUUACUGAGUAUGUUACUGUAACCCCAACUCCAAACAUUCCAACUACCACCCUCACUAGUGGCUCAGUUCCUACCGGUUAUUUUACUACCAUCACCACCGGUUCAGUUCCAGUUACUGAGUAUGUCACCAUCACUCCUACUCCAGAUGUUUCAACUACUACCAUCACUAGUGGUUCAGUACCUACUGGUUACUUGACUACUAUUACUACUGGUUCAGUUCCUGUUACUGAAUAUGUUACUGUCACUCCUACUCCAGACAUUCCAACUACAACUAUCACCAGUGGUUCAGUCCCAACUAGUUAUUUGACUACUAUUACUACUGGUUCUGUCCCAGUUACUGGGUACGUCACCAUUACUCCAACUCCAAACAUUCCAACUACAACCAUUACAAGUGGUUCAGUACCUACCGGUUACUUGACUACUAUUUCUACGGGUUCAGUUCCUGUCACCGAGUACGUUACUAUAACUCCAACUCCAAACAUUCCAACCACCACUAUCACCAGUGGUUCAGUACCUACUGGUUAUUUUACUACCAUCACUACUGGUUCAGUUCCUGUUACUGAAUAUGUUACUGUCACUCCAACUCCUGAUAUCCCAACUACAACCAUCACUAGUGGUUCAGUUCCUACCGGUUAUUUUACUACCAUCACCACCGGUUCAGUUCCAGUUACUGAGUAUGUCACCAUCACUCCUACACCAGAUGUUUCAACUACCACCCUCACUAGUGGCUCAGUUCCUACCGGUUAUUUUACUACUAUCACCACCGGUUCAGUACCAGUCACUGAGUAUGUUACCGUGACCCCUACUCCAAAUAUUCCAACUACUACUAUUCCUGGUAGAUUCCCAACAACUUACUUAACCACCAUCACCACCGGUUCAGUACCUCUUACUGAAUACGUCGUUGUCACUCCAACUCCUUGGUCUAAUACCACUUCAGAAGUCCCUCCAAGUCCAGUCACUGACACAACUAUGAUUACCUCAACCGCUACCCCACCUUCAGGUCCAGUCACAACCACCGAAACCGCUACCACUGUUGUUACCAUUCCAUGUGAUGUUUGUGAAGGUGGCGUCUCCACGUCAACCAAAACAACAGUUACUACUAAGACUUUGCCAUGUGAUCAAUGUGAAGGUACUAAUACUGAUGGUGGAAACCCUCAAGUUACUCCUCAAUCGAGUCCUACCAAAGUCCCAGGUUCUGGUUCUGGUUCUGGUUCUGGUUCACCAGGUUCUGAUAACUCUGGAACCACUUCACCUGUUGUUUCUGCUCCAGUCAGUACUUAUGAAGUCUUAGAGGGUGGUGCUUCUUCAAAAGCUGUCACAUCUUUAUUACUUGUUCUUUCAAGUUUCUUAUGGUUUGCU